AAACUAUAGCCUUCAGUAUGUGUACUGAUUCGCAACAUAGCAAGCGGCAUUACUUAAUAGAGUCAUUUCGAUACGGACCGCGUGUUUCACCGACAGCCUGCGAAGGUGCCGAGGCAGGCGAUUGGGUCAUUGGCAGCUGCAUAGUAUGCUCAUGAUGAAACGGCAGCUUUCUGACACCGAUGAAGGGCAGGCUCCUGGAAGUAAUAAUCCCAGGCUUCUCAAGUGUGCAGUGUGCAAUGCUUAGUAUGCACAUGUUCUAUACGGACGUGACGUGCCGGGAAGUGCAUAGCGAGGCUGCAAGGCGCAAAGGGCAUAUCGGGAUCGUUCCUAGCGAUAUUGGGGUGCUACGUGUCGAAAGCUGCUUUUCCCUUCGAGGUUUAAACGCUCAGCGCUUCAACCUUUAGGGCUCCAGCGAUCAGAAUUCAACAUGAGUUCGGCG